GCCAGCGUCCACGCUGCCGACUCCCUGGACGUGGCUCUCUUGACUGCCUUCGUCUCGGACUUCAGACAGCAUCCUCAGCAGUACAUCGGGUUCUUCGCUACCGCCAACAACGUUCCCUCUGGCAUUACCGACUUGGCCAAGACCGUGAUCACAUACACCGAUCUGGGCUACACCACCUUGUUGGACAACUCCGCUGUCAACGUCAACAACUUGAGAAGCUUUGCUGAACAGUUGCCAUGGUAUACUCGUUUGGCCUCUGAUUCCGACGUUCCUGCCUCCACCUCUGGCACUGCCUCUGUGGCCACCUCCGGCUCCACCACAGCCGCUGCAUCUCGUUCCGGUUCGUCGGCUUCUGCUGGCAGACUGGGCUCUUCAUCCUCCACCAGAGCGUCUGUGGGCUCGUCCAGCGCCCAAUCGUCUUCGUCCAACGGAGGCGUGGCAUUCAUUGCGCCUGCUGGUGCUGUUCUCGGCGCCGUUGCCGUUGCCUUGUUGUAA